UGUUGCUUCCCGACAGUGUCAACAUUCACGACAGGUGCUUUCCUUAUCGAAGAAAAAGUAAACAUCCCUGAGAUAAAGUCCCCAUGUAAAUAAACAUGGCAUCAAAGGAUACUAAAGAGAACAUUAAGGCAAUUCAACAGACCUUGGACACAUUCAAAAAGAAACAAGUAGACAUUCAAGAAAAUCUUAAAAAGUUAGAGGGAAAGAAAGACAAGGAUGCCAAGCCUAUCAUGGAAACCUUGUAUGAACAACUCAGGGAAACCGAACAGUUGUAUCAACAGGCGCUUGCUCAGCUUAAGGAAGUACAGGAUGACCUCGGAAAGAAACUAGGAAAGAAAGAGGAAAAGUCAGAACCACAGGGUUCUGGGAAGUCAGGAGCAGGUUCCUCUGCAAGUAAACACCAAUUAAGCCCAGAUGAACAAGAGUUGACAUAUGAAUUGAAAGCACAACUCAUGCGCAAUAUCGAAAUGCAAAACCAGAAGCUAAAGACAGAAUUAACGCUUCAUGAAAAAAUGAAUGAGUCAAAGAUGUUAAACCAACAAAAUAGGAAACUUCAUGAUGAAUCAUCCAUGUCCAGAACUAAUACUUUACGUCUCAUGAAGAUGUUUGAGAAGAAAGCCAAAGCUGCUGAUGAGAAGUUGAAGGAAAUGCAGCGUGAGCUUCAUAAAUCCCAGCAGCUGACUAAGAAAUACCAGCAGCUAUUGGAACUGGAGAAAAGAAAAAUGGGCGGAGGAAGUGGUCAUGUGACACCAGUGUCUGUAGGAGACGAUGGGGAUUCCCCCAGAGUGCCACCCCCAUCAUCAUACUCAUUGUUAGGAGGAAACGUACGGGUCAAUGAUAUUAUAAGAAAGAAUGAGGUUCUUUUGGAAGAGAAUAGUAACCUCAAGAGGGAAAUUCAGAGACUCAAACAAGACAAUGCAACGUUAAUAAAGAAAACCAAACAUGCCAUGUCAGACAAGGACGAAAUUAUUAAAAGAAUUCAAACAUUGUAUGCAGAAAAUGCCAAGAUGCAAAGCCAACUAGCCAAAGAGCGGUCACAACAUAAUUUGCUGGCACGUAGUUUGACGAGGCAGGCCUCAGAUUGGAUAAUGUUAAAGAAACAACUGGCUCAGUUUGAUGAAGAAUACAAAUGGAGUCAGGUAAAAACUCAGAAAGAAGAGGCGGAUCAAAGAUUUGGGCGUCUGCCCCCGAUUUACACUGUCGCUCCAAUGACACCCAUAACAGAGGUGUCUGCAGAGUUGUUUACCCCUGUCGACACAUCGAUGAGUGAUCUUGAUUUGGAGUUGCAAAGGGACUCUGAUAUCGAGUUGGUCCAUUAAAUCCAACGGGCGCAGAAGAGAGAACCUACCAACACCAUGCCCCCAAAAACGUUUAUAUGCCACGUAAAAUGUAUCCCGUAGAAAAUUACGCCCAAGCCAAUCGAAGCGGGACGUAAUCUAUUUUAUUAGUAGUUAGUAUGUGA